UGCGCGCGCUUCUGGUGAAAAUGGGUUUUUAGCACACCUCUGACGUCAUCUGGUCAGCAUAUUGCCUCUAUUCUAAUCAGAAGGUUUGAGUGUUGGUUUGAAACAUUAAUCGCUGUUGGACACUGUUAAGAUCUCCAUCGGCGCGUCCUCAGGGGAUGGUGAUUGUGUUGUCAUGGUUUCAGGCAUGAUGUUGCCAGGUUUGAGACAGCAUCUUUCCGUGCGUCUGCAUCCGCAAUAAAGGCGCACUUGAGGAUGGAAAAAGCGACAGCCUGAAAGAGCGCAUUUACUGCACAAGGGGACAAAUUCACUAUUCAUCUCUUCACGCACCGCGUUAUAAAGGGACGUAUACCGUUUAUCAUGUCUGCGAAGGAAAGACUCAAAGGCAGAAUGACCAAAGACAGCGUUACCUUGCUGCCGUGCUUUUAUUUCGUGGAGCUCCCGAUUCUCGUGUCCUCAGUGGUCAGCUUGUACUUCUUGGAGUUGACAGACAUUUUUAAGCCAGUGCGUUCAGGCUACAGCUGCAAUGACCGGAGUCUCAGCAUGCCUUACAUUGAGCCCACAAAGGAGGUCAUCCCUUUCCUCAUGCUCUUCAGUCUGGCUUUCGCCGGGCCGGCAGCAACGAUUAUGAUUGGGGAAGGGAUCCUGUACUGCUGCUUGGCCAGAAGAAAUAUCAGCAUCAAAACAGAGGCUAACAUAAAUGCAGCUGGCUGCAAUUUCAACUCUUACAUCCGGCGGGCUGUGAGGUUUGUGGGGGUCCAUGUGUUUGGCCUGUGUGUCACAGCACUCAUCACAGAUAUUAUCCAGCUGGCUACAGGAUAUCACGCCCCCUAUUUCCUUACUGUGUGCAAGCCCAACUACACCAGCCUCAACACUUCCUGUGAUGAGAACUCUUUCAUUGUGGAUGACAUCUGCUCUGGAUCUGAUCCAGCUGCCAUCAACGCCGGCAGGAAGUCCUUCCCAUCUCAGCAUGCCACUCUGGCAGCCUUUGCGGCUGUGUACAUCUCCAUGUACUUUAAUGCAACUCUGACUGACUCAUCCAAGCUCCUGAAGCCACUCCUGGUGUUCUCCUUCAUCAUCUGCGGCAUUAUCUGCGGCCUUACUCGUAUCAUUCAGUUCAAGAACCAUGCCGUGGAUGUCUACUGUGGCUUUCUUAUCGGAGGGAGCAUAGCCGUCUACCUGGGUCUGUAUGCAGUCGGGAACUUUAAACCUAGUGAAGACACAUCUUUGAAGACACAUGCACAUCCUCCUCUCCGGCAACCACAGCCACCACAGCCUCCACCACAGCCCCAGCCAGUGAUGCCUCCACCUUCUAUGCGGGAGCCUCUGAGACCUCUACCUAACUUGAACACAGAUCCACCACGCUUAUUGCCACCUAAGAGCCUGAGCAUGCGGGAACGUCCCACCUCGGCACGCUCUGAAAGUAUCCUGCUACGUGGCCCGUCCUACAGAGAGAACUCCAUGUCCAGCUUGAAGAGGUCAAGCACAGAGGUGGAGUGCAUUACGCCACCCAGUCCUCUUUGCAAGGAGAGCUUUGUGACGUUCAGCAACACCCUGCCUCGCGUGCACUCAACCGGAUUUGAAGAACCAGUGCCUCGCCGCCAUGCCGCUAUCCAUGCCUCCAUGGACUCCACACGUUCCAAGCAGCUGCUCUCACAAUGGAAGACCAAGAACGAGAACCGCAAGAUGUCUCUGCAGGUGAUGGAGAAUGAGGCUGGACAACUUUCUCCCCAGCGAAACAUGGAGCUCCGCUGCAGCUCUGAACCCUCAGCUGUGGGCUUGGAUGGUGAGCUCCGUGGUGGACCUCCCGGACAGUACAUGAAGCUUGCCGCUAGUGCUGUGCCAUUAGCCAAUCAUAAUAACUCUGGUGGCCUAGCUGGUGGAGCCAGGGUAUCUAUCCAGUCACGACCAGGAUCCUCUCAGCUGGUGCACAUCCCUGAGGAGGCCCAAGAGUAUGUGAGCUCCUCACCUCAAGAAGAUUGUGAGGAGGUGAAUGAUGGUGGGGGAGGGGGUGGGUCGGCACGGUCGAAAUGGUUGAAGGUGGCAGAGAAGAGCACCGUCUGCCGGACUAACAGCCAGCCACGUAUAAUGCAGGUCAUCGCAAUGUCCAAGCAGCAAGGCAUGUUGCAUGGUAGUCCUAAAAGUGAGGCCAGCACCGUGAGUUGUACUGGAUCCAUCCGUUACAAAGCCCUGAUGGAUCAGGAACCUAACUCGGGCAUCGUUCGAGUGGAGGCGCACCCUGAGAGCAAGCCCGUGGUUAAACCACCUUCGACAGAUGGCAGUGGGUCCUGGAGGUGGAAACCGCAGGAGCGGGUCAGCAUCCGGCAGUCGCUUGAGCUCAAUGACCUGAACCGGGACUCUGAAAGCUGCGAUUCAUUGAAAGAUGGCUACGGCUCCAUAGAUGGCAACCGGAGCCUACCUGACAUCAGCAACCCCCAUCAUCCCCAUUUCCACCAUCACCACCGCCAACAGAGUAUCACCACCAUCCGAGUCACACCGGUGGAAGCCAGCAGUGAAGCCACCUCGGAAACUCUCUCUACCACCUCCAGUCGAGACUCCACCCUACGCAGGAAAGGCAACAUCAUCCUGCUGCCCGACAGAGGACCUAGUCCGGAUAACACCAGGAACCUGCCUCACUUUUUCAAACCCUCUCCUACACCUCCCCCCAUUUUGACGUUCAAAGAGUGACAGAGAACCCUUUCCGUACCAAUCCUAAGAGUUGCCUCGCUCUCUGAACUCUGAAGACUGGAGGCUCAGUUAAGGGAAUGAGUAGAGCUAGUCAUUCUGGGUAAAUCUACAUUCCCUGACCCACACAUGAACUCUCCAGAACACGUAAGGCAACGUUGUGCAUUUUCAAUCUACAUUCUGUAGGCCUCGUUACGGAAACAUAAGCACAAAAUAUGACAUUUGAGGCUGUUUGGUAAAGGUGAUUGUUUGAUUCGUCUGUGAUUUUUCCAGAUUCAUUUUGUUAUCGAAUCCAUUGUCUUAUCGGAAUCUGUCUGUUGUCUCAUGGCAACGUGGGUGCUUUUAAAAAUGUUGUAAAUUUAUAUAUAUUUUCGGAAUAUAAAUAUUUGUAUGUGUACUGGACCACUCAAUCACAUGCUUAAGGAAAAUAACUGUUUUCACUAUGUCGCUAUGAAAUAUUUAAUACGGUCUUUCAAUCAGACUCAAUAGGAUUUUAGAAAAAUAGGAUAAUGUCAUUGUGAUGUUUACAGAAGGUUUUAGCGACAGUGUUUUUAACCAAAUGGAUGUUUUGUUUGGUGGGCUCGUUAACCAUAUACACUGUGUGUUUUGGUGACCGUGAAUGAGCUAUUUUCAUUCAAACAUCUGAAAGCGCUCUUUGCUGGCAUAGAGACAAUGAAUUUAUAGAGACUCAGCCUUUGGCAUUGUAAUGUAGAUGAACAAUACAUUCUUCAGAUAUUAAUGUCGUAUUACCUUUGUGUAAUAUAGAACUGUUAUUUGGUUCCACACAGGCCAUUGAGCACUAUUUCACUCAUAUACAGUAUAUAUUGAUUUGCAAGCCCCUGUAUUUUGUACAAGUGUGCUUUGAACACAGGUAUAAUUGUGUUUUAUGGCCCAUUGCUGUAUGUUUACAGUGAUGUAGUGUGCAUAUUUUCUUGGUUGUCCCCCCAUUUUGUCUGGCAGAAUGGGGUUAUAUAGCUACUGAGGUGCGCCGUCCUCUUCAUUGUUAAGCGUGUGGGCAUAAAUAAAUGACUCAUACUUCACUGCUCAUUGCAGAGAAGCAUACACAAUAUAAGAGCAAUAGGAACCCCCCAAAGGUACUUGUGGGAAUUCAUUGCUUAUUUUUGUAAACAACUAAAAAACACUAAUAAUCAUAUUCAUAGAGUGCCUCAAAAAGAACAACAUGCCUAUUAACCAGUGAUUACUUAGCUCCAUCUUGCAGUAACUGUGUACAAAAUGUUUCUGCUGUAAUUAUUAUGGUGCAGAAUUGACAGAUGCUCAUUGACUUUGCUUUAAAUAACCACUGUCUGUGCCAUCGAAUGGCAUCGGAAAACGGACACAGUCAUUGCAUAAUAACAAGUGCUGCAUAAACAAAAGUUUUAAUAAAAUCCACAUAAUAGACAAUGUUAGGAUUUGUCCUGUGUGGCAUGUGUAUUUCUAAACAGCUCUAAACUGUGUAUUUGUAUUUCUAGCUCAUUGUUUACAUCCUUGUUAGGAUCAUGUUGUAAUAUACAUAAAUAUUGCCAAAUAAGAAUGUAUGUUGAAAAAGGGGACAGAUACAUUUCAGUAAUUCAUGUACAGUGUCAUUUAUAUGAGGUUGGGCUUUUUUUAAUUGGACUUAAAUUUCAAUUAUAUAGUAUAUACCUAUUUUAAUGUGUCUGUUUUAAAAGAGUGAAUCAGAACCAAGACAUUUUAAAGUUUUAUAUGUGCUUGUACAGUAUAAUUGUACCCCACAUUAUGGCUUUAACCUGUCUUUACAUAUGCAUGGUGACUUAAUACUGUAUGUACUGUAACUAAAGGAUUUGUUUCGUUUUGUUUUUCUUUUGUAAAUGAUGCCUUUAAUAGUGAUGGCUGGUACUUUCUAAAGAAAUCAACCAGAUCUUUAAAUCUUUUUACCCCUGUAAAUAAGUAUUUGUAAAUUUUCCAGCAAACUGAGAUGUGAAAGAGAUCAGUGGGUUAUAAUAUGAGUGUCAUUGACACACUUCCUUUAUUAGUGCUCUAAACCAGAUCGAUAAAUCAGAGAAAUGGCCUUUCAUUCGAACACGUUGACAGAUAUUUGGAAGUUUUGCCUUGUUGAGGUUUUGUUUAGCAUUGUAUUUUAACUGAGGAUAUGUCUUAAUAUAUUGAAAUAAAUAUUUGGUAUCAUA